AUGACCAGAACGGUAGCGUUUGAGACCAUCACUAUUGUAACAUUUCCUGCGGCUGCAGGCAGCACACCACACCUGACCCAUAUAGCCCAGCUGAACCAUUCUAUAAAAAAAGAAGAUACACCAGACCAGCAGAGGCAGCAGCCGGAGCAGCCGCAGCCUGCGCCCUCUCCCGCCCGCCCGCCCUCCGCCGCCCUCCACCCGCCCCGGGGUCUCUUUCCCCCUUCCUCCUCCUCCUCCUCCACCUUCCUCCUCCGCCCGCCCGCGGGGCCCCCCUCGCCUUCCCGCCCGCCCCUAUUGUUCCGCCCCCGGCCUCCCGCCCUUCCCCUUCCCGCCCGCUCCCCUUUUCCCCUCAGUCGCCUCGCGCCUGCAGUUUUUGGCUUUCACCCCCACCAGUGA